AUGGAUACCGUUACACUUUCUUUACCUGCUGCAGAUAAACUGACUGAUGAAAAUUACGCUAGAUGGAAAAACAACACUAACACUAUACUAAUCAUCAAUGACUUUAGGUUCGUCCUUACGAAGGAGCAUCCUUCUAUUCCACCUUCUACUGCUGCUCAAAAUGUUCGAAAGGCAUAUGAGCGAUGGACACGGACGAACGAAAAGGCCCAAGCGUAUAUCUUGGCUAGCCUUAAUGAAUUUUUGGCCAAGAAGCAUAAGCCCAUGAUCACUUCACGCGAGAUCAUAGAGUCCCUGAGGGAAAUAUUCGAACAACCGUCCAUGCAGCUCAGGCACAACGCUUUAAAGUACAUCUUCAACUCACGCAUGACGGAGGGAACAUCUGUUAGGGAACAUGUUCUCAACAUGAUGGUUUACUUCAACGUGACGGAGAUGAACAGGUCGAACAUCGAUGAGGCCAGCCAGGUUAGCAUUAUUCUGGAGUCGUUACCAGAAAACUUCCUUCACUUUGUUAGCCAUGCUGUUCUGAACAGGGUUGACUACAACAUUACAACUCUACUCAAUGAGUUAUAG